AGUUUAUUUUCCAUGGCUCACAAUGGGCUGUGUUUCAUCGACUACUGUACCUGUUGCUCCCGAUGAUGAUGAUGGUGGUGAAGUAAAGGCGACCAGAGCCCUCAGGCAGAGUUCAACCCCAUGCAGACGGGAAACGAUUGUAAAGAACUCCCAACAAGAAGAGGAACGGCUGAGUGAGGAUGACCUCAUACACAGGGGCAUUGCUUGCGCCCAAGCAGCUUCUGUUAUGAAAGAUGCAGCGCGUCGGCAAGAGCAGCUGGAGGAAGCGAAGGCGCUUUUGAUGGAAGCCUUGAGUCGACAACAAAUUAGGACGACCACUGGAAUGGCACCACCAUCGACCAGCCCAAAAGUGAGUUCCCAGGUGUUGCCUGAUCCCGUAUCAGUACAUUUAGCGGCAGUUUUGGUAUCAUUGGGGGAAAGCCCAGCAGAGGUCCGUAAGAGGCUUUCAAUAGCCCCGAUGAGCAGUGCCUCCGGUGACAGACAAGAUGGCUCCUCGUUGAAGAGCCCCUGUAUCUGUCCAACGCCAGCUACGACGGCCACCAACUCACCGGGUGGGUUCAUCAAUAACAUCAUUGGAGAGCAGCGGAGCGAAGCUGAGAAGAGGGAAGUGGUAUCCGUCCAAUUGUUGGGAGAAGCGGAGAUAAGUCCACAACAUAGAACCGUUCUCAGGACGCAGAAUGGCUGUGGCGAUGCAACAAGAGUGGUGUAUACGCCUGAUGAGGCUCUACAGCGCUCUCCGAGUUUGCCCGUCUGCACUCCUGACGUGUUGUUGAAGUAUCAAUCGCUCAUACAGACGUGUCCUUCUCCGGCGGCGUUCUCGCCGGUGACGCUCUCCCCAUUUGGAAGGGAAGUGGAUGGACUGCAAAUAAGGGUUGACUGUCGACAUCGGAGCCUUUCCCGGCACGAAACUAGGGACACAUUUGCCCGUGCCCCCUCUGCUGCUGAUUACUAUGAUGGCGACGCUGGAUUGGACGAGUCAGUGUCUGUGAUUGACUUCGACCCGGACAACGAUGAACCUCUCUCUGCUGAGAAAUGCGACGAAGUGCUUUCGGAAAUCGUCAGCCAGACGGGAUGCUCGAUGGGUCACUCCCCGGCAUCCACCCCUGGUUCUGAUUGGGAUAUCUCCGAUUUUAAUCCGCUUCUGGUUGAGAACCAUGACAAGUCUUUGACUGUUUUCCUGCACAGCGGCAUCACGGGAGAGCUCGUCGCAAAAUUUGUGAUAGAACUCGCUGACAAGGAGUCGAUUGAGCAACUCUAUACGGCGUUGGAAGAGUCUUUGCAACGAGAAUGUGGCCUAAAUUUAUCCGAGACACAUUGGGUGCGUGACAACAGGAAGAUCAGAUGCGAUAAAAGAAUGCUCAUAGCGGCACUGGCAUCCUCGGGUCAUUGUGAGCUCCGCCUGUGUACUGUUCCGAAGACCCCUCCGGCCGAGAUGGACGUUUACAUGUCUACAAAUUCCGAGCGCAUUCGGUUGAAGUCGCUCGCGCCUCACACUCUCUCGCCAGACCGCAUAGCGACGCUUUACACCUGUCCUCUUCGUCGACGGCUCGACUACUCUGUCGUAUUGGUAUCACAGAUGGAUUCGGGCAACUCAUGUUGGCUGUCGGGGAAGGCCCUCUCUAUUGAUUAUAAGGGAGGUGUCAUUCAGUUCACUCUCACUGUGGCUCAAGUCAAGAGUUUGCUUAGACGAACUCAAGAUGGGUUGUUCGAUAUCUAUUUGGUUGUCGACGGGUCCCUCCGUAGUGAGAAUCGCCGUACGGUUGUGAUUAUUGAGAACUCUGGUGUCGUCCCAGAAGGCGGUGUUGAUGACGGAGUUGAUAUGGAGAGUAGCUCGUGUGACUCCUCUGACGUUGCUUCCUGGGCUGAAUUCGACCCGAUACUGUAACCAUCCUCAUGUACAUUAUAAAACUCUUAAUGUGACUUACGUAAUUGCACUGCCAUCGUCCAGUGAGACUGUAUUGGCGACCUUCCGCAUCCUACUACUACUACCAGCAUGGUGCUCCGAGUAGGAGUAUGCUUCUCAGUGUGCAGCUUUAUCCCGCAUCCAGAGUUGUUCUCGAGAGCGGCUAUUAUUGAUCAACGGCUUGCUACAGGUAUAACUGCGACAACCUCAUCAUUCGUCGUGUACCAUGGUGUUUUUGAUGUCGCAUGCAUUGUCGAUUCACGCGAGGCUGCUGUGUCAGCUCGCUUCGUAGUUCUAUCUUUUAGCUCAGUCGCA